AUGGAGACUGAAUACUACUCCGGCCUAAACUGGACAUCGCCCACAGACCAUGCAGAGUCCCUGUUUCCCUGGGAGACAGAACCACCCCGGUCGGGCCAGGCAGAUGUGUGGGGGUCUGAGCUGGACCUGUUGCUCUCCGCUUCGUCAUAUCCGAUGCCCGAGCCGCCACAGGAGGACCAACAGCAAGAGAAUGGCCUAGCCGCUUUAUAUGGCGGUGUUCUUAUAGAAGAGGAUGCCUCAAAUGAGUCUGCUUUAUUUCAACCAACUGAAGCCAGGAAUCCCAAUCCACCAAGCAAUCGCAUCUCCAAACCAGCCGAGGCAAGGAAACGCGGCCGUCCACGGAAGCUCAUUGAUGAUGCCGGCGUGAAUGCAGAAGAGCGACGGCGCACGCAAGUCCGUAUAGCCCAGCGGGCUUAUCGGUCUCGCAAGGAGGCCAACAUAUCCUCGCUCAAAGACCGCAUUAGCCAGUUAGAAACGGCGAUCAAGCACAUGAGUACCUCUGUUAUAUCUUUUGGUGAUGAUCUCGUCCGAUCCGGUGCCUUGGAUUCACAUCCGGAUUUAUUGAGGCCCCUCGGGAACACCGUGCAGGCGUGCUUGGCUUUGCCGGCGCUUCCUCCUGGCGAGUCUGGGUAUCAGAUAGAUGCCGGCUUGGCAGGGAAAAAUCAGAAGCAGAUUGGAUACUCAACUUCGUCUACCUCUGAAGGCUCAGAGACGAUGGAGAUAUCCGAGUUCAUAGACCGGUUGCACGUCACCUGCAGCUACCAAGGAUACCUCGUGUGCGCCAACCCAGCAGUUCCAGCGAGGCGAAUAGAGCGCCCAUUCCGGAUUCUCCUUAGCCUUAUGCCACGGAUGUUCGUGGCCGAGCUUUUCAAGGACUGGCUACUCGCCAGAGCUGGCCACAAGACGCUUGACCACUGGGAUCACAUCCCUUUCUUCCGUAUCGGAGGUGCCGGUACUCACUACCCUGUGUCGGGGAACCUGCACUUUCCCUUCCCUGCACAUCAGGGCUCAUCUGCCGUUGAAGAGAACGUGUCGAGAUUUACAGCUGACUUGCAGGAUGAGCUUGAAGAUGAGUGGUUCGACCUAGGUGAUCUCCAGGGCUACCUCCAUGAGAGACAAGUGGUGUUUCCUGCGUCCUCAAUGCCGUCUGGCACAAUAUUGGGACCGAAAGAACAGGACCCGGCUAGUGUUUCGCGCUUGAUGCAGUCAUUGGUUAAAGGGGCCAUUUGUCUGGGCCGGUCACCUGGCUUUCGGCGCCGGGAUGUAGAGAAAGCCGUGGACGAAUUCAUAGCGGCCCAAAAUGCCUCCUGA